AUGGCAUCUGCCCUCCCUCUCACCCUCAAAUCAAUCAGCUCCACAAAACUCGAAGAACUCUCCAAACAACGUACUCUUUUCAACCAGCGCAAAGCCGAAAUCCUGCAUGCCGCCAACAAUGCAGCUGAUGAUUCAGAUGGUCUUCGCCGCAAGGUCCAAAUUCUCCUAGAAGGCGUAACGCGUCUAGCGGGCCGCGCAGAAGAUGCCUUUGAUCGUGAGGAUGAUAUCGAUUUGGACCAUGUAACACCAAUGGCAUCAGCAGCUCGUCUUCCCAUCUCGCCGGACCUCUACACAACAUCGGAUUGGGAAAGGAGCCGAGAUAUCAAUAUUCGGCGCUUCCUGUUCCAAAGUAAUUAUGACAGUUCCGUUUCCGAUGAUGUUUUGCGCAGAUGGAUUUCAUCCCUUGAAAAUGAUCUGAAGUUUCUCUCAGUUAAGUAUGAACAUGCUACUUUUUACAGUAGCAUGGUUGCCGAGUGGCUGUCGAAUUUUAAAGAUGGAAGGGCCAAUGUCGUCAAGAGCCAUACUGCGGCUGACGACAGCGACGACGAGGCGAAGUCGAAUAGAUCGUCGUUCGAAGAAAUUGGCCGUGCGGAAAUGCACCAGCAGCGCCAUACCUGGGAGCGUUUGGUAUUUUCGCCAGCAGACGUGGAUUCUCAGAGUAUAGAAACGUACCUUAAUAGGCUUUUCAACCGGACGAGACUGUCUCAACAGGCUCUCCGAGAACUUCGAGAUAGAAUCAAGAGUUUUGGAUCUAUGAUGAAAUCCGAGGCCAGGAAUUCCUUUGACAUUAGUCUUCUAAAAAUUAUCAGUAAAUCACUACUAGCCAGCGACUUGCUAUCUUCAGACAAGGUUAUGAUUCUGAAGGAAUUCUUGAGAAACGAUGAGGUAGCUCAGGAAGUCGCCGACGUGUUGAACUUGCGUUUCGCUGCUCUGGAUCGCUGGGACUGGCCUGCCGAAGGUAUUCCCGUAGAGAUGCGUCGUCAGUUGAAUGGUAAAUACCGUGUUUACACGGAUGAGGAUCUCAUUGAUACCCUACUUUUUCAUUACAUUGGUCUGAAGUGGUCAGUUGAAUUCCGACAAGUGUUUUUCGAGUUUCUUAGAUCCCCUGCAUGGAAGCCGAAUACGAAGCCUAUUUCUAAAGCAGACAUUGAUCGACGACACUUUUUUGUCGGAAACGUGAGCAAAUCAUUAACAGUUGAUGACCUCCGGAAAUCGAUGUACCAGGAUGAUUAUUUCAUGAGUCAGCUCCCCGCCUCCCUGAUUGAAGGCAAAAGAGGGUACGACGAUGAUGAUGACGACGGCGUGAAUGAAGGCCCAGACAAGCGCAAGUCACCCAUUGAGACUAAGCAUUCUCUGCUUCACUUGCUAAUAACCGAGUCAAUCAUUCAUAAUCGACUUCGGGGGCAAUUUACUGUUAUACGAUCAGACUUCAAAUGGUUUGGCCCGUCGCUCCCUCAUGGAACUCUAUUGGCGGUUUUGCAAUUCUUUGGCGUUCCGGAUGACUGGCUAGGGAUUUUCAAAAAGUACUUAGAAUGCCCUUUGAGAUUUGCCCAGGAUGGACCGGAAGCCUCAGUGCGAAUCCGAAGAAGAGGCAUUCCCAUCAGCCACAGUCUUUCUGAUGUUUUCGGGGAAGCGGUCCUUUUCUGCAUGGAUUACGCUGUUAACCAGCAGGCAGAUGGCGCCUUUCUUUACCGACUUCACGAUGACUUCUGGUUUUGGGGGGAGGAAAAGACGUGCAGAAAAGCAUGGAGGGCAAUGACUGAUUUCACUGCGGUAACUGGGUUAGAGUUCAACGAAGAAAAGACGGGCACGGCUCGAAUUGGAACAUUAAUAAACCUCCACGAUCGGAAACGGCAACGACAGGAGGUCUCUGAUUCGUCUUCUAGCGAUGAAGAGAUGGGAGAAGAAGAAGAGAAAGAAGAGUUCUCCGAGUCUGAUGACGACGCAGAAACAUACCUCGGCAUAAAUAACGGGUUUGACCCGUUGCCCCGAGGUGAUAUUCGAUGGGGGUUCUUGAGGCUGGAUGCAGGACGAGGGCGCUUUCUCAUUGAUCAGGAACAGGUAGACGUUCACAUAGAGGAAUUGCGGCAUCAACUAUCCGCAUGCAAAAGUAUUUUCACCUGGGUCCAAGCAUGGAACAGCUAUUUCUCGCGAUUCUUCAGCAACAACUUCGCCAAGCCCUCGAUUGCAUUCGGUCGAGAACACAUUGAUAUGGCAAUCAACACCUUGAGUCGAAUUGAACGAGAAGUAUUUGCGCAUACCACUUCCAAGGCCUCGGGCAAUGGCGGUGUGGUGGAUCACCUACGUCGAGUAAUUGCUGAUCGUUUUGACAUUCGUGAUUUGCCCGAUGGCUUCUUCUUUUUCCCCGUCGAACUCGGCGGCUUGGAGCUCCACAAUCCUUUCAUCAACUUCCUUUCAAUGAGAGAGAAUAUCACACAAACCCCGCAACGGAUCAUGGAAAAGGUCUAUAUUAUGGAGGAAGCUGACUAUGAGUCUGCAAAGAAGAAGUGGCGGGAAGGAAGUAUCGACGUCAACAGGAGUAGCUAUCGUCGCAGUUUCAUGCAGAAGUCUCUUGGUAAGAAUGAUGACGCAGAUUCGCCAGAGGCUUUCUUCUCAUUCGAGGAAUACACAGCCAAUCUUGAAUCCACCAGCAAGGCGUUGUUUGGAGCUUACAAAACCCUCCUCCAGGUUCCUGAAGAGACGGAAAUUGGCCAAAACUCGGGUCUGAGUCAUUACAUGUUUUCAGAUGGGAAUAACAACAGAAGCGGGAAUACAUUUGGAAGAGGCAGGGGAAGAGGAAGAGGCAGAGGAGGUUUGCCUUGGAACGAGCAGCGGCAGCAGGAUCGGAUUGUUGUGGAGGGGAUCGGUAUGACUCCGUAUUGGAGUUGGGUAGCUGAGGUUUAUCGUGGUGGAAUGCUGCAAAAGUAUGGCGGUCUUUCGGCGGUGGAUCGUGCGUUGAUGCCGCUGGGUGUGGUGAAAGUGUUGCGUCAGGGGAAAGUUCGGUGGCAGGGGUAG